CAUUUUCCAAAAUGAUGCUUUAGAAAUUUAACCAGUCCCAUCGGACUGACUAAAACAGAUGAAUGUCAGUCCGCCAGACGUUUAACCAAUCACAGACUGACGAGCAUAUAUGUUAAUUCCGAGCCCUGUCCAUGGUUCGAGGAAAGUGAGGAAGAGAGUAGCAUAUCAAUGGCCUGUCAGACAGAAGAACCUAGGAAACGCAGUGUUAAGAUCCAAGUGGCUGCAAAGAAUAAAGAGAAAGGGUUGCAAGUUAAUCUCCAACCACGUGUUCGCAGCAUUGGUGUACAAUUUAAUGGCAGGGAUGACUUGCCCACUCCACAAGUACCACCAGCAGCAGUUCCUGUCCUGGAUUUGUCAAGUGGGGGAGAGUCAAUAGAGGAAGUAGGGAGUGAGGCUGCCUCACUGUAUGAACCAUCUAGUGGCUGUGCCAGUUCAGAUGAUUCUCAUAUCCAUAAUAAUAACAAUGAAAAGCCCUACAACCCACUGGAUGAAGAAAAGUUUAUAGUGUCCAGAUCAAAGUUGUUGGAGCUAUUCAGUAGCUGCAAGAGGUGCCAUAGACACGCCACAGCCACUGUUCAUCAGGUGAUAGGGACGAUGGCCAGGAUUAGUGCAGAGUGUGAAUUCUGUGGAUUUACUUGGCAAUGGAGUAGCCAGCCCUCCCUUGGAAACAUUCCUGUAGGAAACCUCGGAUUAUCUGCCAGCAUUCUGUUCUCUGGAGCCCUUGCUGCUAAAGUUCUGCGGGUUCUGCAGUUUAUGGGAGUUGCAACCAUAACAAGUAGAACAUUUUAUUCCCACCAGGCAUCUGUGCUGUUUCCUGUCAUUGCUCGUGUGUGGAACAGACACCAGGAGACGUAUGCCAGGCAAGCGGUGGAACGAGGGGAGCCACUGAUUGUUGGUGGAGAUGGGCGAGCUGACUCCCCUGGUCACUGUGCCAAGUUUGGCUCCUACAGCACUAUUGACCUUGAAAAAGGAAUUGUGAUUGACAUCCAGCUAGUUCAGAGUAAUGAAGUAAAAAAUAGUAAUGGUAUGGAGAAAAGAGGUCUCGAGCGUGCUGUUGACUGGGUAAAAAAUAACGAUCUGGAGAUAGGGACGAUCGUGACUGACCGCCAUCUACAAAUCCAGAAGUGGAUCAGGGAAAAUUUACCCGAGACCACUCAUUACUAUGAUGUGUGGCAUGUUGCUAAAGGUUUAAAGAAAAAAGUCCUGGCUGCCGCCAAACAGAGUGAAUGUGGACAGCUAUCGAAGUGGAGCAGGAGCCUGACAAAUCACCUAUAUUGGGUAGCAGCCUCUACACCUAAUGGGGAUGGGGACUUGAUGUGGGCAAAGUGGGAAUCCGUUGAAAACCAUGUUCACAACAAGCAUGAGGGACACAAUGAGCUAUUCCCAUCGUGUGCCCAUGGCAUGCUUUAUGGCGACGAACGAAAGAAGAAGUGGAUAAAACCAGGAUCAAAAGCAAGUGAGAAGAUUAGUGACAUCAUCUUGUCCAAUCAGAUGAAAAGGGACAUUCCCAAGCUAUCCCCAUUGUACCAGACAUCACAGAUAGAGGCAUUCCAUAGUACUGUCAACCACUUUGCCCCCAAAAUGGUGGCCUUCUCUUACUAUGGCAUGUACUGCAGGUUGAUCGUUGCUGCUCUUCAUUUCAAUGAAAAUACGUCAAGAGUGCAGGCUGCUACAAAGGAAGGGAACAUGCAGUUCAAGAUCAGCUUUCCCAAGUUUAAGCAUGGAGAGUACAGUGUGCGAAAGAGAACUGUAGAUUCAACAUAUGGGUAUGUAACUUCAUUGAUGACUGAGACAUUCGCAUCCAUGGAAGCUUCAGUUGAUGCUACAUCACCCCAUCAACCACCUGUCUCCUGCUUGCCAGAAAUACAGCCACCACCACUUUGCAGUAACUUUGUGCAUCCUGAAAAAAGUGAGGCAGUGCAGCAUUUCAGAUCUCGUUUUAGGAGGAAAGAGACACCAGUAUAGAAGAGAAGUGUGAUGAACAUGUGCGAUGAACAAAACUUUAUCACGUCCAUCAUGUAUAUAGUUGUGUAGUAUAUUGCAUAUGUAAAUAACUUAGUAUUAGAUUGCUUUAUUUUUAGUGUCAUAGUAUGUAGCUAUAGUGUAAAUAAUUCCCCUUGUAUAGUCAUUAAAGACAUGGAAACAUGUAAGCAGGGCCCACGUCCCAUUCCUGGGUGCAGGAUUUAUUUUGUAGCUGAUGCUUUCAUUGAUUUAAAUUAUUCUAAUUAAAAAAAUAGAUAUCUUUACAGAUAUUUUUUAUUUUUAGUGUUCUUUUUCUUGCUUAUGUUUUUAACUUUUGUAUAAUAUUAUAAAUAUUUUUUUCAUCAUGAGAAAUAUUGCUUUUUUUAAACUUUUUAAAAAAUGUUUUACUUUGAGUCAAAUUAUGCUUACUCUUUCUGGGUCUUGAUAUCCGUGAUACUCCUCUGAGCUGAAUGUCUCACGGAUCUUUGUUACUGCACAGGAGGGGAGGGGAACUCGAACACUCUUUCCUAAGUAGCCCCAACACCAACGAGCUAGUUGACGAUAUGCGGUAUAUCUGUUUCUCCUAUGAUAAAAAUGUAUAAAUUGUUACACAACUGAAUACACCACUUUUGUUGAAUUCCUAAUAAUUAUUGAUAAUAAAACGUCAUUCUUACUCAU